UGCUUCCAAGUUCCUCACCAUGAGGACAAACGUGUGGAUUUACCAAGCUGUGGUUUGUGUUGUGGUCACAGUAUUAAACACAGGAUUCUGCAGGACUCAUCAGUCGUUACAGAAGUAUGAAAAGAGUGAAAGUCACACGCUGGUUUGCACGGACUGUGCUCGGCCCCCUUUGGUCCGAAACAGCCGAUCCCAGGAACACUGCGCCCGCAAGUGCAAGAAGGUCAAGAAAAACUUCAACUGCAGGGCUUUCAACUUUCAGCGGCACAACAGGAAAUGCCACUUGCUCCCCUUCGACCGCUUCAGCCCCGGUGUGCAGAAGCAGGCCGACGUCAACUUCACUCUGUUUGAAAAGAAAGAUUAUAUCAGGGAGUGUAUCAUCGGCACCAAGGACAACUACAGAGGGAGGAGGUCUUGGACGAAGUCAAACAUCACUUGCCAAGCUUGGUCAGAUAAUAACAUCAAUGAACACACGUUUUCUCCCGAUCGGUACCCAACGCAAGACCUGAGGGAGAACUUCUGUCGGAAUCCCAACAACGAUCCCGGUGGUCCGUGGUGCUACACCACAGACCCCAACGUACGGGCCGAGGAGUGUGGCAUCCCGUGGUGUUCCGAGGAUGUCUGUAUGACCUGUAAUGGGGAAGAAUACCGGGGCAAACUUGACCAUACAGAGAGCGGCAAGGAGUGCCAGAGGUGGGACUCAAGGAAGCCGAACAAACACCACUUCCAGCCCAAAAAGUAUCGGCACAGAGAUUUAAGAGACAACUACUGUCGCAACCCAGAUAAUCGUUUUCGUCCCUGGUGCUUUACGUUGGACCCAAACACUCUGUGGGAGUAUUGCAACAUCACUGUGUGUGAUUUGGACUCAAGUGAGGACACAGAUGUCAAUGUAACAACAUCCUGUGUCCAGGGAAAGGGGAAAGAUUACCGAGGCAUAAUGAAUGUCACUCCAGAGGGUGUGACGUGUCAGCAAUGGGACUCCCAGUCGCCCCAUAACCACUCUUUUCUUCCUCAGAACUUCAAAUGCAAAGACCUCAGCGAGAACUACUGCCGUAACCCUGAUGGUGCAGAUCACCCAUGGUGUUUCACUUCGGACCCUAAUCAAAGGAUAGCCAACUGCACCCACAUCCCCAGGUGUGAUGCUGAGGCCACACGCAAAAUAGAGUGUUAUGAAGACAACGGAGAGACAUAUCGGGGCACUUCAUCCAUAACUCGAUCCGGUAUUCCCUGCGCAGACUGGUCACAUCACAUAAACAGAGGGGAUUCUCACUCUACAGAGUCCCAUGUAGGGCUGGAGAAGAACUACUGCCGGAACCCGGACCGGGACAAACAUGGCCCCUGGUGUUACGCCAAUCCAAAUAACCGUUUGGCUUGGGACUACUGCAAGCUGAAGCACUGUGAAUCGGCAACAGUGGCUCCUCAACCGAACACUUUAAGUGGACCCAAGAUAUCGUGCUUUGUGCACAUAAACACCAGAAUUGUUGGAGGACACCAAGUGCGAGGUACAGAUGGCAGCUGGGUUGUCAGCAUCCAAAGAGAGAAGGUUCAUUUGUGCGGGGGCUCAUUGAUCAGAGAGGAUUGGAUUUUGACAGACCAACAGUGCUUCACCUCCUGUGUUCCAGAUCUCAAGGAUUACAGUGUGCAGGUUGGUCUGCACCACCUCAAUGAAUCCUCAAACCACCCGAGACUACGCAUCUCUCGCCUGAUCUGUGGCCCAGAAGGAUCCAACCUGGUGAUGCUGAAACUAGAUGAUCCCGCCCCUGUGUCUGAAGGUGCCUCCACAAUUCAUCUUCCAGUAAAAGAGUGCCACAUCACCGAGGGCACCAACUGCACCAUGUACGGAUGGGGGGAAACCAAAAACUCAGGAUACGAUGAGGCACUGAACGCUUUAACCAUGCCCAUGGUCUACAAUGACAUGUGCUCUCAAAUCAAAGGGGACACCGGGGAAAGCCGAAUAUGUGCCGGCGGCAAGAGAGGAGAAGGCGUGUGUGAUAAAGACAACGGCGGCCCGUUGGUGUGCCAGGAACACGAGCGCAAGGUCAUCGUCGGCGUGAGCAUCCAAAGGACAAAAUGCGCCUCGUCACAACCGGCGCUUUUCGUUAACGUGGCCUUCUACUCUGAGUGGAUAUACAAAGUGUUCAAGCUUUACCCCAGUUUGGAGAGGAACUGAUGGCGGGUGUGAAACAUGCGCGGCUUUAUCGCGGCCUGUGAGAGGAGAGACGGCUUUGGGCCAAGAAAUUCCUAGACGUCUCCAGCACUGACCACGGGGGAGAAAUUCGGAAAAACACCUUGUGGAAAGAUGUCAUUUUGGGAUUUAAUGGCUGUAUUUGUCAUUAUACGGAGAUGACAGAUUAGAUGUCCGGAUAAAGGAAAUGGAAUCUCAUCCGUUCUUCCACUUCCAAGACAUCCAGGUUGUUAGUAUUAAAAUCAUUUGUACGACCGAAGCCUUCGAGCACAUGAACAACAUACUAAUUGUACUUUAACAUUAUCAGAUUUUCUGAAGCGACCCAAACUAAGACAAUGAGAAUGACACGCGUGACUUAAUCUUAUCUGCCUGGAAUAUACUUGAAUAUGGACAGAAGACUGGUGGAACCCUCCUGUGACUGGGACCUUUUUUUAAAUAUGUGUUGUACUGCAAACCAUUAUCUUAAUUACCUCCAACACAAAUGGUUGGUGGGUAACUGUUGUCGUCUUUAAUGUCAAAAAAUAUACUAAUCUGGUCAUAUACAUUUUUAGCAUACUUUACAAAUAUUACCCGGUUUCGGAAAUGAUCCGACAAAGAACUACGGUAGUACCAAAAAAGGGAGAAAGAUUUAAGCAUGAGUUAAAAGUCCCAAAGAAGUCCAGCAAAGUUUGGCUUCGGGGGGAAAAACACUCUUGCUGCUUGAAAAGUGUCCUGCAGCAGCCUCGGGUUAGGGUGAACUAAUUGUGAGCUGUAACUGGACUACCUUACCCCCCCCCCCACCCCUGUUAGAUUCCCUGUGAGAGGGUCUAUGAAGGACUGAGCAAACUGCUCCAAAAUCUUAUGCUAAUAUUUGUUACACGAGAGAGCAAAGAGCCGUGCCAACUAUAACAAGGCCAUUUGGUCUCCAGUUUGGAGGGAACUUUGGCCCCUGGAGGGCUGUGUGUGGUCAGUAGGAUAUUUUAUACUUUUCUUUUGUUGUUGUGCAUAGCCGCAGAUUUAUUGUUUCUGCUGUGCUGUAAGAUAUUAUAGGUCUUAUAGAUCUGGAAUAUAUUUGGUUCACUGAGUAAUGUCAGAUUGGCUUCUUCUUGCCUUUUUGAUUUAUGUUUGAUAUUUAAAGAGACUGGUAGGUUGUAAGUAGUAUUUAGGGAUAUUUAUAUAUUUUUUUAAAGCAGAAGUCAUCUUUUAAAAGGAAUCCAGAUGUUGCUGUGAUAUUGAGAUUUUAGUUGCUUUGUUCUGAGAGUAAUUAUGACCCCCAAACUUACUGGGGUGCAUGGUUGACUCACGAGUAACAGCCACACACACAUGACAUUACAUGCUUUGAUUAACCAUUAAAUUCAUUAGUGCUUGUUGGCUAAAUGUGUACUGUUCUGCCCACAAACACAAAACAUUAUGGGAAAAUGUGCAAUGAUUAUCUAAUAAUGUUGUACUUUGAUGUUAAAAGCACAAAUAAAUACCGGCAAAUAUUGGCAUUAGAUGUAAAAAAUGAAUUGAAAUGCAAGUUUUAUUAACGAAAUAAAACAAAAAACGCAAAGAGGCGCUUCUUACAACUAGCAUCGUCAAAUUAAAGCCGAUUAAGUGAAUCAACACAGGUGAUAGUAGAGGAAUACAUGACCACAUGUGUGAUAUUUAGUGAGUGAGACUAAAAAAUAAUGUGAUUUUCUUUUAAAUCUUUCCGUCAAUCUCCAUUUCUGACUCAUUUAGUAUUAAAAGCUGUGUACUUUACUCAUGUUUGUGUGGCUCCUACCAAAACAACAAUGUAUACUCGUGUCAGCUCUAAGAUGACUGUUCUGUAUAUCACAUGGAAAACGUUUCAUAGCAAUAAAGGAACAAAUAAUAAUA